GAAUAAUUAUUAAUGGAAAUGUUCACAGAGUAACUGCUGUAAAUAAUCAAUGAAUCACACAUAAUUGCUAGAGAUUCAAUCAAAUUGGUAGUUCAUUUGGGAAGUAAUAUAGUAGCUGAAAAAUAUAUUUAAUCUUAAAUGCCUUGGAUUGGAUAUCAGUGGUUUUAAGAUUAAGUAUAAACAGUGGCAAAAAAGCAAUAUAUAUAUAAUGAUGAUUUAUAUGAUGAUAUAAAUGAAGAUGAGGAACCAAAUCGUGUAAAUAUUGAUCAUUGGAGGAGAUGUUAAGGAUAAAUAGGACUAGUAAAAUCAUAAGAAUAAUCUCCAAUAAGAAGAAGUGAAACAAAGAAAUUAACAAAAAUCUAAAUGGGAUAAACUUAAAGAGAAACUGAGGCCUAUGAAUGUUAAAUAAUAAAGAUGGGUGAGUUAGAUGAUGAUAUUGAAUUUGAUCCAAAUAUUGAAAGCAUGAGACAAGCUAAAUUAAGAUAGAUGUAAAUACAAUAGUAAAAAUUGUAAAACGAUAAGAUUAAAAACUAAGAGGUUCAAGAAUAAGCUAGACAACUUAAGCGAUUGAAUGUUGACUCUAAAUGUACAAAUACAAUUUUUAUACUCAGCUAAAUAUACAUAUGACUUUGAGGGUAAAGUAAUUGUCUAAAAACCACCUGAUAUCGAUAGAUAUCCUAAGUCACACUAAAACAUUUAAGAAAAAAGAAAUCUUGUUGAAGUAAGAGACCUUAUUCCUAAUCAUAAACAGUAAUCUGAAUUAAUUUCUGCUGGUAAAAGAUAAAGUGCCUAUACUAAUUCAUUGAAUCAAUUUGCAAUCAAAACUUCGGUUCCUUAAAUUGAUGUCAUUAUUAUGAAAGAAGGAGUAUCAUUUUAUGAUGGAAAAUCUGAAAAAAAAAAAGAAAGAUCUUUCCCUUUAAUGGAUAUUAAAGAUAAUAAUGAAUUAUAAAGUACUCUUUUAAAUUAAAAUGUACAUAUGACUAAAUUAGAAUAUUAAGCAAUUACUAAUUCUUAGUAAUCUAAUAAUACAUUUUAAAAUAAAACAUUAUAAUUAUCGAUCUCUCAACCAUAAAUUCAAUAAAGUAAAACAAGCAGAACCUUCUAAGAAGAUUAAUAACUUUAAAAUUACAAUAAUGAUAGUUUACUUAGUUUUCGUUAGCCUAAAACUACUGUUAAUCAUUCAAUCACAUCAAAUAUUUUACAAAAGUUAAAUGGUUCUAUCUCUAUACUUAGUGAAGAACAAUUAGAUGGAUUAAUUAUAUAAACUAAUGAUCCAAACAAAUUAAAAGAACAUCCUUUAUUUGGAAAAAAACCAACUAUUGAAAUUACAAAGCCACCCUUAUCUGUUCCACCAAUUACACUUGAAUUACCUUAAAUUCCUCCAAAUGCUUUAUCUAAUAGUGUUAGUAAAUUGCCACGCUCUUUUUAAUCUAUUGGGACAUUCCCUAAAUUACUAUCAAAACAUCCACGAGAACGUAUUUCUAAAUAAGUGAUGAAUAUUUUUAAUAUUAAAUGA